CUCCUUUCGAUAUAAGCGAUAUAACAUAUCAUAAUAUUGUUGCCAAGGCUACGUAUAAACAAGACAGUUUGAUAGCAGCUGCAAUCAAUUUAAGCGUAAUACCAAGCAUCGUCCUCUCUUUCGUCUAAUUUAUUACUUUCAUUUUCUACAAGAGUUUUCUUUGCCUCCUUGAAUAAAGCAUGAGUGAAGGUGGUAACAAUCAACAAUCACAGGAGAAGCAAGCAGGAUUCUGCUCUGCUACUUGCAUCGAUAGAGCGAGCUUGCAAGAAGAGAUCAAGAGGCCUGUGAAAACUUCCGAUAUCUUUGUGACUUGUAAUCUGCCCAAAAGAUUUGAGCAUCCACAUUGGUUUAACGGAUAUGGCUGUCAAGUGAAUAAACAGCACCCCUUUUACAGAACAUCGGCUAGUGAAUAUGGUUGGUUCCCUCCAGGUUACCAUUCAGUUAGCUCAGUGUUUUUCCCUGCCGGCCAAACGUUUACCAAUCGCCUAGCCGCAGCCGGCAUGUAUCGAAAUUACAGUCUCAACACUGGAAUGGACCCAGCUGGUUAUCGUUAACUAUCUUUAUUUUAGAUCUGAUAUUUACAUGUGUAUUGUUAGCAUUCGUUAUUUUAGAUAUGUCUGCCUUAUUUUAGAUGUUCAUUCAUGUUAUCUAAUGUUUCAUUAUCAACUUUUCGUAUUGAUCAAAUUUUUAAUAAAGUUUUAAUUCGGU